AUGAGUAACGCGGCAGUGAAACGUGGUGAACGGGAGCAGGCGAUCAAGUUGGCGAUUAUUGCCAUUAAGUUUGGCAAGUCGUCACGGGCAGCUGCUGGAGAGUAUGGUAUACCCCGUACCACCUUGCUUCGCCACAAGCGGUUAAACGCUGGCCUGAUGGUGCAAGCGGACCCGCUACAUCCUACGAUAUCGAUGGAGGAUGUGCAAAUUUGUAAGCGCGGAAGACCACCGUUGUUCCCCGAGGAACCAGAACGGGCAUUCGAAAAGUAUUGCUUGCUAUGCUCGGACAAGUUCUUCGGUCUAACAUCCAGAGACAUUCGUGUGCUUGCACCACAAUUCGCGAACCAGCUGGGGAUUCCGGUUCCCGACAAUUGGAUCGCGAACGCAAAGGCAGGCCCUGUUUGGUUUCGGAACUUUCUGCGCCGAAGGCCGAACCUGUCGAUGCGUUCACCCGAGGCGACCAGCAUAGCCAGAGUCUCUGCUUUUAAUCCCACAAAUGUGGGCAAGUUUUUCGAUCUUCUACGCACAGUAGCCGAGAAUAUAACGUUCGAACCAAAUUCCAUCUGGAAUCUGGACGAGACUGGAGUGAUAACAGUUCAGAAACCUCAACGAGUUGCUAGUCGCCGUGGAGUCAAACGUGUUGGUCGAGUAACUUCGGCCGAUCGGGGCCCGUUGGUUACGAUGGUACUUGCGGUUUCCGCCACUGGCAAUAAAAUGCCACCAUUUUUCGUUUUUCCUCGAAAACGUUUCCAUCCACACUUUCUGGAUGGUGGUCCAACGGGAUGCGCUGGAGCGGUGAGCAAUACAGGGUGGAUGAAUGCAGAUAUUUAUCUGGAUGUUCUCCGACACUUUAAAGCAUUUACGCGAGUGUCCAAAGAAAACCCGCUUUUGUUGAUUGUGGACAACCACGGUUCACACAGAAGUCUACCUGCAAUCGAGUUUUGCAGGGAUAAUGGCAUUCACCUACUUACAAUACCACCCCAUUGCUCUCACCGCUUACAACCCUUGGACGUGAGUGUGUUUUCGCCGUUCAAGCACGCAAUGAAUGUGCUGUGCGACGAAUGGACAUACAGGCAUCCCGGAAAGCCGAUGUCUAUUUUUGACCUUCCGGCUAUCAUCGACAGCGCUCUCGAACGGAGUGCCACGGAGCGAAACAUCAAGGCCGGGUUCCGGGCAUCAGGUAUUUGGCCCUUCAACCCGGAUGUAUUCACUGCAUUGGAUUAUGCUCCAUCAUCAGUGACAGGACCUUCCUUGGUUGACGAAAUAAUACCAGGAUCACUGCUGGACACUCUUUGCAGAAUCAGACCAAUCCCGCGGGCACCACCGCGUGCUACAGGCAGACGAGGACGAAAACCUGGACGAGCUGCUAUACUGACGGACCCCGCUGAAAUCGCUCUGAUGGAACAAAACAUACAAGCGAAGGGAGUAGCCCGACCCACUCAACGGCGAGUAGGCCGACCACGUAAAGCAACUGUGCAGUUUCAUAGCCUCGUUAUUGCACCACCAAGACCAACGAUAGUGGUGAUAAAGAGACCACCUGGAAGACCCCGCAAAUCACAGGCUGCAGCGGAUAAGAGGCCCGUUGGCCGACCCCGCAAGCCUCCAGUCGUUAUACUAAAAAGGCCUGUUGGCCGACCUCCAAAGUCACUAGCCAUUGCUAAGAGGCCCAAUAAUAAUAAUAAUAAUAAUAAUAAUAAUAAUAAUAAUAAUAAUAAUAAUAAUAAUAAUAAUAAUAAUAAUAAUAAUAAUAAUAAUAAUAAUAAUAAUAAUAAUAAUAAUAAUAAUAAUAAUAAUAAUAAUAAUAAUAAUAAUAAUAAUAAUAAUAAUAAUAAUAAUAAUAAUAAUAAUAAUAAUAAUAAUAAUAAUAAUAAUAAUAAUAAUAAUAAUAAUAAUAAUAAUAAUAAUAAUAAUAAUAAUAAUAAUAAUAAUAAUAAUAAUAAUAAUAAUAAUAAUAAUAAUAAUAAUAAUAAUAAUAAUAAUAAUAAUAAUAAUAAUAAUAAUAAUAAUAAUAAUAAUAAUAAUAAUAAUAAUAAUAAUAAUAAUAAUAAUAAUAAUAAUAAUAAUAAUAAUAAUAAUAAUAAUAAUAAUAAUAAUAAUAAUAAUAAUAAUAAUAAUAAUAAUAAUAAUAAUAAUAAUAAUAAUAAUAAUAAUAAUAAUAAUAAUAAUAAUAAUAAUAAUAAUAAUAAUAAUAAUAAUAAUAAUAAUAAUAAUAAUAAUAAUAAUAAUAAUAAUAAUAAUAAUAAUAAUAAUAAUAAUAAUAAUAAUAAUAAUAAUAAUAAUAAUAAUAAUAAUAAUAAUAAUAAUAAUAAUAAUAAUAAUAAUAAUAAUAAUAAUAAUAAUAAUAAUAAUAAUAAUAAUAAUAAUAAUAAUAAUAAUAAUAAUAAUAAUAAUAAUAAUAAUAAUAAUAAUAAUAAUAAUAAUAAUAAUAAUAAUAAUAAUAAUAAUAAUAAUAAUAAUAAUAAUAAUAAUAAUAAUAAUAAUAAUAAUAAUAAUAAUAAUAAUAAUAAUAAUAAUAAUAAUAAUAAUAAUAAUAAUAAUAAUAAUAAUAAUAAUAAUAAUAAUAAUAAUAAUAAUAAUAAUAAUAAUAAUAAUAAUAAUAAUAAUAAUAAUAAUAAUAAUAAUAAUAAUAAUAAUAAUAAUAAUAAUAAUAAUAAUAAUAAUAAUAAUAAUAAUAAUAAUAAUAAUAAUAAUAAUAAUAAUAAUAAUAAUAAUAAUAAUAAUAAUAAUAAUAAUAAUAAUAAUAAUAAUAAUAAUAAUAAUAAUAAUAAUAAUAAUAAUAAUAAUAAUAAUAAUAAUAAUAAUAAUAAUAAUAAUAAUAAUAAUAAUAAUAAUAAUAAUAAUAAUAAUAAUAAUAAUAAUAAUAAUAAUAAUAAUAAUAAUAAUAAUAAUAAUAAUAAUAAUAAUAAUAAUAAUAAUAAUAAUAAUAAUAAUAAUAAUAAUAAUAAUAAUAAUAAUAAUAAUAAUAAUAAUAAUAAUAAUAAUAAUAAUAAUAAUAAUAAUAAUAAUAAUAAUAAUAAUAAUAAUAAUAAUAAUAAUAAUAAUAAUAAUAAUAAUAAUAAUAAUAAUAAUAAUAAUAAUAAUAAUAAUAAUAAUAAUAAUAAUAAUAAUAAUAAUAAUAAUAAUAAUAAUAAUAAUAAUAAUAAUAAUAAUAAUAAUAAUAAUAAUAAUAAUAAUAAUAAUAAUAAUAAUAAUAAUAAUAAUAAUAAUAAUAAUAAUAAUAAUAAUAAUAAUAAUAAUAAUAAUAAUAAU